AUGGAAGAUAAUGGCAAAAAUAACGUUGAAAAUCUUAAGAGACGACAUUUUUCUAAACUACAUGAAAGAAUUCAAAACAAGUACAUGGAAAUGCAACGAAAACUUGAAAAAUCAAAAUCAGUCGACUCGUUAUGUACGAUUAAUGAUGAUUACGUUUUUAUGGAAAAUAAAUAUGCGAGUAAUACUGACAUAAGCGAUAUUGAUGAUAUAAUGAGUGGCAAUUUUAACCAGAAGUGUGUUAAACAAAAUGUUAUUUUGGAAGAAGUAAAAAUCAAUGAAGCAAAUUUACAAUCUGUGAAUGCAGAGCAAGUGAAUAUUGCGGAAUCUGAUGCAGUGGCUUAUGAAAGCAAUAAAAAUGAAAAUGAAUCUAUUACAAACAAGUUUUUUGGGGACGAUUUUAGUGCAAUGAGUCUUGAAUCAUUAAAUGAAGGGGCCAGAGAAAGCGAUGAAUACCAAACCUCUCCCGCUCCUACGCCUACUCCUACUCCUACUCCUCCCCCAACAAAUUCAAUACGUAACAGAAUCGAAUCGCGAAUAUCAGCUGUUAAGGUCAGACGUCGAGAAAAAGAAAAGAAACACAAGGACGAGAAGAAAAAAGCCAGAGAAAAAGUCGAUAAGUUUAUUUUUAGUAACAAGAAAGAAGAAUUUCCUAAACAAUUUAAAAAAGAAAAAAUUGCAACUGUAAGCAUCGCUGUUAUAGAAGCUACAGGAUUCGAAACAGACGCAUUAGAAGAAAAACCAUCUCGUUCAUUGUAUUGCCGAUUAAGGUUGGGCGGAGAAAAGAAUAAAACAAAAACAGUAAAAAACAAUGAAUCACAAGUGAAAUGGCAGGAAUUAUUUUGUUUAAAUUUGUUUGAAGAUAAUAUUCUGGAGUUAUCAGUAUGGGAUAAAGACACCUGCUUAGGUAGAACCCAUGUUGAUUUAUCAGAAAUGGAAAAAGAGAGGACACACAAAAUGCGAAUCAACUUGUCAAGUGAAGUGGGGAACUCGACGUUACAAAUAUUUAUUUUGCUAACAAUAAGUGGGAUCUCCCUAGCGAACACACUUAUGGAUCUCGAUGAUUAUCAAGAAACUCAAAAGCAACUCGCCAGGGCUAAGAAGAAAUUUGCAUGGUAUAGUGUCAAAAAUAAAUUAAACAAUGUUGGAAGCCUCAUGGUAAUUGUUUAUGGUGCUAAGGGAGUGGCAAGCCAAGAGUGUUGCUGUGUACUUGAAUUGGAUAACGUACGACUUCAGACGCACACAGAAUUUAAAACAAAUGAACCGAACUGGAUGAAAAUAUUUACUUUUGACAUAACUGACGUUACAUCAAUAUUAGACAUCACAGUCUUUGACGAGAAGAAAACCGAAGAAAUUGGGAAAAUCUCAAUACCUUUACAUAGAAUUAACAGUGGGGAAAAGAAAUGGUACGCUCUUAAAGAUGCAAAUUUAAGAGACAGAGCUCGCGGGAAUAAUCCGAGGAUAUUAGUUGAAAUGAUCCUCACUUGGAAUCUUGUCAGAGCUGCAAUUCGAGUAAUAAAUCUUAAAGAAAUUAAACUCUUGGCGACAAAAGACAAAUUAGACAGACAUAUAUUUGCGAGAAAUCUAGCAAGAGCUAAAAUUGUCCUGAACUGGUUCUUGAAUGCAUUGAAAGUUAUGAAGACAUUCCUAGAGUGGGAGUCGCAGAAGCUGAACUUCAUAUCACUGAUAAUAUGGUUACUGUUUUGUUGGUUCUUCAAAAUCUGGAUGCUACCACUCUUGCUACUAAUACCCUUCGCUUGGUACAGGCCUCCUAAAUACUUUCUCGUCAACUGGAAACAGGCCCUUCUAAAUAGGAGACCAGUUCAGGAUGUUGUAAAGAAGGAAGAGAAAAACCUUACACUUAGACAAAAAUUAAACAGCUUUCAAGAAAUGAUACAAACGGUGCAAAACUUUAUCGGCGAAUUUGCGAAUCUCGGUGAAAGUAUCAAAAACUUGUUCAACUUUACGGUGCCAUUUCUAAGCUGCACCGCCAUAUUUCUAAUCACGGCUAUCGCUUUCGUUAUGUUCAUGAUACCUACUAAAUACAUAUUUAUGAUUUGGGGUAUUCACAAGUUCACUAGAAAAAUACUUCGACCUAACAGAAUACCGAAUAAUGAAAUUCUCGAUCUGCUCUCAAGAGUACCUAAUGAUGAAAUACUGCUAAAUUGUGAAGAAAUUCCAUUGGAAGAGGUUUUGGAUGAAGAUGAGAUAAAAUAA